AUGAACGACAAUGCCAAUAUGUUAGCAGAAAAAAUGAUGGAAGAGCUGGUAGCUCAACUCCAGUCAUCACAUCCAAGUUUGCGAGAAAUACCAACUUUUUCUUCCCUCCCACUUAUAAGCGAGACAAUGAACCAUCGCAACGUCGGCAACGCAGCAAUAGCAAACGGCGACUACCAAAAAGCAUACCACGAAUACUCAAAAGGCCUCAUCGUCAAUCCCAACGACCCAAUUCUCUGGUGCAAUCGCGCAUACGCAUUACUCAAACUCGGUCACCCCGAGCUUGCAAUAGUAGACGCGGGACGCGCCAUCAACACCAUUGACCAACUCCACGUAGAUGAACGAAACAAAUUUGGACUAAUAAUGCCAACGUUUGGGAAAGAACGUAAAGAUGAUUUGGGAUACGAGGAAAGAUUGAUCCAGCUUAAAUUAAAAGCAAAACUUCGUGAAUGUCAAGCAUACGAAAAACUGAAUCUUUUAUUACAUACGCAGAAGUCUUGUGUUGAGUUACUUAAAUGGAAGGAAGAGUACGCUGAAGAUAAUAUUCCGUUCCAGUGGUGGCCGGAAGUUACUCGGUUACAGAUUGAUAGUAAAAAGAAAUACGAGGAGGAAUAUGCUAAAUUCGGUGACGAAUAUAAGGAAAGAAUUGAAAAGCAUGGAGAGUGGGUAUUCAGAGGAUCGUAUCCUUGGGAUAGGAGACAAAUACACCGGGUUGAUGAUGAAAUUUUCCAGAAAUUGCAAAAAAAAAUCGAAGACAUUUCUUCGUCGCAAGUUAAUUUAGUCAAAGAUACUUUUGAAGAAUUGGGAAAUGAACCUCAUUAUGGUCUAAGAGCCGCGUCCGAUAUCUCAGCAAAUACCGUGAUUUUUGAAGAAACCCCGUUCCUCUGCGUCAAUUCUAAAGCAAAAACACGCUGUGAUUAUUGCAAUAAGGAACUCAAAACCUUCAAAUAUCCUUGUCCGAGAUCAGAUUGCACAGAAUUUUUCUGCGAUAAUAAAUGCUACAAACAGGCAUACGACCUAUACCAUCGGCUCAUCUGCGGCAAAGAUUUCACCGAUAUCACCGAAGUUGUAAAGGAUGAAGAAACAACUUCCUCACUUUACCAUUUGUUUAUCAUCAAGCUCUUUGCGAUAGGCGUACUCCGCAAUAUCUGUCCGCUAGACAUUGAAGAAAUUCAGCAUCUCCGACGUUGGGAACAUGAGAAUUCCAGCUUCACCGCGAUCUCUAUCGAAAUCUACCAAAAAAUCAUGCAGAUUUUGGGUAUUCCGCAAAGCGACUUCAACUUUGACUUUUGGGUCUACAUUUCAUGUUUGUCUGCUAUAAAAAGCAAUGUCAGGACUGGCACAAUUCUCACCGAUUCCGUUUCGCUUUAUCCAUUAACCUCUCUUGUUAAUCAUAAUUGUAAUCCAAAUGCCAAGUUAUAUAUUGAAAGUGAUGGCAGUGACGCUAGCAGCUUUACGAAGAUAGAACGAAAUCCUCAAAAUUAUGAGCUUUUUAUCAACCCAUCAGCUUUUCUUGAUCGGAAUGCCAUGCCGAAAGCAGAAUUCAAUACGGCGGAAUUGAAAACAAAGGAAGAAAUUAAAAAAGGCAAUAUGAUCACAAUCAAUUAUGUUAAUUUUCCCGAGUUGGAUGAUGAAGAGCGCUGCCGAAUGUUGCGUAAUAUGUGUGGUAUAAAAUGCAAAUGCAGCAAAUGCAGUGUUCAAGUUGGUAAUGUUUAG